UCUCUGAUAUGGGCAACAGCGCAGCCGCUGAGGAUGUCCUGGAGAAGCUUGAAAAUAAACUGGGCUUUUACAAUCACAGUCUCUCUUUCCCUGUAUUGGAGCGCAAAAAGCGGUCAAUGGACGACUUUGACCACGAGCAGCACCAUCAUAUCGUGUCAAAGAUGGUUCUUCUACACAGUCUUGGGAAUGCCGGAAUGCCAAGGUCAUUACGUCAUAUCCGUUCCUAUCUCCAACCUAACCUAGGCUCCACAACAUGGCGGAGGGCUGCAGCCAAUAGUCUCCGUCAGUACACCUGUAACGAGAGUGCACUAGCGCUGUUUGACAUCCUCGCCCACGAGGAGAAUGAGAAGGUCCACAAGGAGGCCAGAGAAGUGUACCAGAAACAUCCUCAGAGACCCCACCUGGUCAAGGACAAGGAGAACAUUCUUCUGAGCCAUGACUACACCUUCAACUCCGUGUCCCGUGUACGCCGUGAGAUCUUUCACAUCGACUUCAGCGACGGUAUUCGUCUGACCAUUAGGGUGCCUGGGUUUCAGUAUGACAAGACCUACGGGAGCAAAAAAAUCGGCGCGAGUCUUGGCCUUCGCAUGAUCAACAUGCUGGACCUUAAGCUCCAUCCACUGCACAGUUUUUUCAAGAUAGACGUGGAUAAUGCAGCAUGGGUGACAGCAAACCUCGGCAUUAUUGGCAAACACGUGGACAUCAUCAGGGCGUCACUGUGUUAUGCUGGACACAUCAACUACGACCUCAACGUCUUAAAGGUUCAUAUCAGUAAAGUCGGAUAUGAAUAUGCGAUGAUAAUGACAGGGAUGUCGAAUAUCUUGGAUUUCGACAUCAACCACUUCAAGGAUCUCCUUCAGAAGCUGGACAAUAUAUUCCACUCCAUAGUAGAUGGCAUCAAGGACGCAAUCGCCAUGUUUAAGAAGAUCACCCGGCCAGGCUACAUUAAAGACAUGCUGACAGAGAUCAUCAACUUUGUGAAGGGCCUUCCGGACCUGGUUGUCCAGUUUGUGAACGACUUUGUGAUCCUUGUGAAGAAGGUGGCCAAAUACCACACUGAUCCCAUCAUGGAAAAGGUUAACUUGAUCGCACAGAGGGUCAAGGCUUUUGCUGAGGAGAUCAAACAGGACGCCCUUGAGUUCUAUCACAGCAUAGCUGACGCUGUAGUGAUAACGCUGCCCGAAGUGGGCAAGAUGCUGAAAGAAACUGGGGAUGACAUCGUUGCAAUCUUCAAGAACUUCUUCAAGAGUCCAGCACAAUCCUUCUCCAAACUUGGCAUAGCUGUUUUGAAGGUCCGGCUUGCUGUAACAAUGGUAAUAGACGCCAAGAAUCGGAUAGUAGACGCCUGUUCAUUUGUCAAAGGAACAAGUCCAUUCUGGAUGCAUGUCGAUGAAGAGGUGACUGAAAUAACAGAUGACAUCAAAGACCUGGUGGACAUGGUGGAGGCCAAGAUUAACAUGACACUUCACCCCAAGUUCUCAGGACCUGAUGGCAUAAUGGGACCUUACUCGAUGAAGGAAUGGUUUCACAACGAGUCACGUGUGCUGCUAUCGAACGUCACACAAAGGUUAUCAGGAGUGCGGACGAUCGCAGAUCCUUUCUUUAAGGCGUACACAGAUGUCAUGACUGUCGUUAAGGGCGUAAAGGAGGCAUAUGAAACUGUGAAAAGAGUGAUUAGCACAGGAAAAGCAGUGGUUCAGAAGAUAUUUGGAGGCAAGUUCCACCGUAAAUUUCCAGCUGAGAGAGAAUCCGGGUCCUGUACAGAAGCUGUCUGGCCUUCGACAGGCGGGAACAAGUAUCACACUAUCGGCGUUGAUGUCAGUGCUAAUAAAGGACAGGCUAUCGUUAACCCCGUAGCAGGCCUCGUCAAAUCAACGGGACAUGAUGAAAUCACUAUCACACCGACAGAUGACAACUUUAUGGAAUACCAGAUCGUUAUCAACAACGUCAUUCCAAACAGAUACGUCAAAGUUUCAGGCGCCGUCAUGGAGGCUGGGGACGCAAUCGGAAAUGCAGGAGACACUAGAUGCGUUCCAAAUUUCAUUCACGUCGCUCUUCGUGUCAUAGAAACUGGGGAAUACGCUGACCCAUCUAAGUAUCUGGACAGACUUCUGCCCUUCCCACACUGGGUGCAAGAAUGUAAUGAACACGUCUUCAAAUACAUAGGAAAGACAUACGAGGCCAACGGGAUUACACAUGGCGCCCCCAAGGUAACUGAAGACCACUACAUGGGUUCACAUUACACAAAGAUGACUGCUGCAGCUCAUGUCGAACCUGAUACAGCUCCUCCUUUCAAACCAGAAGGAGCAGAUCAUCCUAAAGCAAAGGCUCUCGCACCGUCCUUCACCAAGCUUGUGUCGCCACUGAAGAACUUUGGUCUUAUGUUAAAGUCUAUCUCGAUUCCCAAUAUUGAGUCUGUCUUCAACAUCAACACCAUGACGGUAUCAAAGCUCAAAGAUAUAUUGAAAGCUAGGUCGGACAUCGUGAAGGAUAUUGACGACUUCGUGUCCCAGGUUGCCCAAUGUCUACGAUCGAAACCUGUGGAGGAACCAAUAUCUUUUUCAACCUUUAAGAUGCACAUGCUUCUGUCCCUGAACAAAAUACCUGCAAUUGGAGACAAGAUUGAUAUGUUGGAAUCGCUGGUAACAAAUAGCCUAAAUGCUUGUCCAAACUUGAAACAAGGGCUAGCGUUUGCCUUCGGUCACCUGUGUACCCCUGAUCCCGACUGCCAAGGCUUGACUUGUGGCCUUGUGUUUCCAUACUCCCACUAUGUGAAGUCUGUCAAGGUCCAUAUCAGAACGUGUGGGUCAAGCUUAAACCUAACUGCCCCUGGAAUGAAGCACGUACAGGAUACCCAUGGUGGCGUUGAGAUCCAUGUGCCUCUGCUUGACGAUGUAGUUGAAGGGAUUCACAUUGUUUUCCAACUGAGCACAGCUGAAAUUGGAACCGACAUGUUGGUGAACCUGACCGGCAGUCUAUGCUCAACAGACUUUGGUUCCUGUUUGCCUGCUGUGGAUAUUAUAAAAGGCGCAAAGUUCCACAACCCCCUGUGUUCACCAGUCAAUAUAAAUACCAGCUUUGAGUAUCAAAUCGAGUCCAUGCCUGUCCGAAUGUUGAUGUCAAAAAUGUCGCAGUGUAACCUGGACAUUCCCAAAGCAGUGACGUUGCUCAACAAUAUCAGACAAGGCAUCCUUCAUGAGGAUGAGAGCGGUAGAAUCACCAGCAACGAAAGUUAG